AUGUUAAAAUACCAAAUAAUAAUUUAUUUAGUUAGCGCGUUACAAAUAGUAAUUGCACAAGAUGUUACACAAGUGGCAAGAUCCAAAGCCGCCGACGUGGAUUAUUCCCUUUUCUUGGAAUUUUUAAAUGAUUUUAAUACAAGAUUUCAAGUUUAUACAUCUUACAUGGGCCAAGAAAAUAUAAAAUUACCCCAAAAAUUGGCCGAUUAUUAUAAUCAUCUAGCAGGUAUUCCAAGCUCAAUUGAUUUAAAAUCCGACAUUAUCAAGACCUUCCCAUUUGACGAAUUUAAUACCUUUAUCACUGCAUUCCCUUGGUAUGAAUCAAUGCUAAGCAGUGUAAGUUUAACUGCGGUUAAAGUUCCUGCUGAUUUCCUUACUUCUAAUGAAGCCAUUACAUCAUCAUCAUCAUCAUCAUCUACAAGCGUAGGCGCUUCUAUAUCUUCCUCUACCAAACCUCAAAGUACAUAUUCCAAUUUUAACUCUACUAGCCUAAAACCUACUACCAAUAAUAUAUCUUCUAUUACAUCCAAUCCAUAUUCUUCUAGUUCACUUACGAACUCUUCCACUUCUCUAACAAAUACCAAAUCAAAAGAUAUGGGGAAUACUAUUAACGGGUAUUCCAAUGCUGCUUACAUAGUUGCAGCAGCAAUUCUAUUAAUUUAA